AUGGCCGUCGGACGGAUGCCAUCGCCACGCGCACUCCUGCGCCGCCUCGACGCCCGCCGCCCUGCCUCGCCAGUCCCCGCGCCGCCCCUACUAUCAAGACGUCACCUCCAUCCGCCCGCAAGUCCGCGUCAGCAAACGCCGCCGCCUGCCUCUCGCUCCGCCUCCGCGCCCCGGGCCACGCCCACGCCCUCGCCCUACGCAGACCUCUUCACGCUGUCAGACAUCCCGCUCAGCGCCUUCGAGGCCGUCGUCUCCCGCAACGCCAAGUCCUUCCGCGACCCCCCCGAGACGUACUACGGCGUCGCGCAAACGCUCUCGCGGGCCGUCCGCCGCGGCGCCUCCCCCUGGGCCGCCGCCUCCUCCUUCACAGGCAGAGACGCCGUCCCCGCAGAGACAAUACACCAGGCCGCCUGUAUCAUGCGGCAGAUCGCGGGGCCCCGGGGCGCCGACGCCUUCGCCACGGCCCUCUGGUCGACGGCCUCGGAAAUGGGCUACCGCCCGUCCACGCUCUCCCUCGCCCGGCAGCUCGUCCGCUCCGGGGCGUACGGGCGGGUCCCGCAGCUGCGCAGGGUCGAGGCGCGGUUCAAGGGCCUCGUGUCCGGUGGCAGGGAUGCCGACGCGCUCACGGCCGAGGGGGAGCUGCUGCUGGCGCGGGGCCGGCUGGACGCCGCCGCUGCCGCCUUGACCAGGGCGCUCAGGCUGGGUGGCGACUUUGAGUGGCGGCCGCACUGUCGCUUGUGUCUGGCGAGGACGUAUUUGAGAAUGCAAAGGUCUGACGAGGCAAGACGGCUGCUGGAGGUGCUGUCCGAGGAAGGGGUUGUCGAGGCCGACGCGGAGCUGGGCGAGAUGCUCAAGGGGAGCGACGUGCACGAGGCGCGGCAGAGGAUGUUCACGGCUGCGUGCAACGGGAGGAGGGAGAUGUUUACGCGCCUCGCGGAGCUGGAGUUGCAGACGCUCCGUGGCGGGACCGACGGCGACGAGGACGCGAGGCUGUGGGCGGUGGAGUGGUCGAGACUCGCGGACGGGCGGGAGGGUUGA